GAGACGCGCUUAGACAGACACAGAGACAGACAGCUGACAGUCGCACCCUCCCCUCCCUGGACAGCAGCGGUGUGAGGUGGUGAGGUUGCCCGGCUGUGUACUCGGGCCAUGCGGGGUCAGCGGGAUGGAGGAAAAGCCCAGAGAGUCUCCGUUCAAGAACUUCGUGGCUGGGGGUGUCGGAGGAGCGUGUCUGCUGCUGGCCGGACACCCACUGGACACCAUCAAGGUGAGACUACAAACACAGCCCAAAGCUGCUCAGUAUGUGCUUUACACAGGAACCUAUGACUGCUUACGCAAGACCGUAUCCAAAGAGGGCAUCCUUGGUCUCUAUAAAGGCAUGGGGGCGCCCCUGGCAGGUGUGGCUCCUAUGAUGGCCAUCAGUUUCUUUGGGUUUGGUCUUGGAAAACAGCUCCAACAGACGGCUUCUGGAAAACCGCUCAUGUACCAUCAGAUAUUCCUGUCCGGCUGUCUGGCAGGAGUCUUCACUACAGUGAUAGUAGCUCCAGGAGAGAGGAUCAAAUGCUUGCUACAGGUGCAGUCGAGCGGUGGAAGGUCCAAGUACGCAGGUCCGCUGGACUGUGCGGUCAGGCUCUAUAAGGAGCAGGGGAUCCGCAGCGUCUACAAAGGAACUGUGCUCACUCUCAUCAGAGACGUGCCUUCUAGCGGUCUGUACUUCCUCACGUAUGAAUAUCUCAAGGAUGUCCUGACCCCUGAGGGUCAAAGUGUGUCUCAGCUCAGCACUCCCAGAAUCCUCCUGGCUGGUGGUGUAGCCGGAAUAUUAAACUGGGUGAUUGCUCUUCCCCCAGACGUGCUCAAGUCCAACUUCCAGACAGCUGCAGAUGGGAAGUACAGAGGCCUGGCUGAUGUCCUGGGAGCACUGCUUCGAGAAGAAGGACCUAAAGCUCUCUACAAGGGCUUCAAUGCAGUUUUCCUGCGAGCCUUCCCAGCCAACGCUGCUUGUUUUCUGGGAUUUGAGGUGGCAUUAAAGGGCCUGAACCUGCUCGCACCGAGCUGGUGAAAGACGACGAAGCAGUAACUGGAGAUUUUCUCCCUCAAACAGUGUUGGUGAAAUAAAUCUAACGUGUACUUUUAAACUUUUAAAAAUAUAUUUUCCAAAAACGUGGUGUCUGUCAUUGUUCCUGAGAUUGGGAGCAGUGGAAACAAUUUGAGAGACAGCUUCUUCAGUUCUAGAGUCAAAUGGUGGAGAGUC